AUGUUGCUCCGGGGAUACAGACUUGCUAACAUUGAUAGUGUGGAAAAACCGCCCCAGCCUGUUGCUCUGGAAACUGUACAGAUCUUACCUCCAACCCGAAUCAUUGCGGCAGCUGCAAUGCACUUCCAUGCAUCGGAGUCAAGCCUGCCUGCUGCAAUGGCAAUUGCGUGGACUUGGCGAGCAAUAUCACCAGCUGUGGGGCCUGCACUGCACCCCCAUGCAGAGGCGGGAACCCAGCCUGCUGCAACGGAGAUUGCACGGAUCUCAGCACGGAUAUUAACCACUGUGGUAACUGUAUCUCAUUCCCAUGUGGGGGCCUGA